AUGGCGGAGUCUGAGGUGCACGAGACCUACCCCAUCACCGGCAUUCCGGUCAAGAAUGUCGAGACCAAGACCAAGCACAUCCCCUAUGCCCCUGGCACGCCCAUCCGUCGUGAGAUCAACGAGCUCUUCCCCUCUGAAGACCCUGUCAUCAGGAAGCAAUGGACGCUGUUCAUCUUGGGCUUGGAAAAGUUCAAGAAGCUGCCUGUGAAUGAACGGGAGUCGUACUUCCAGGUCGCCGGUAUUCAUGGCUACCCCGAGACUUCUUGGGACGGAGCUCCUGAUCCGCCAAAGGACCCUGUCUGGGAUCCCCCCGAGUCGCAGCCCGAUGGUGCGAAUCCGUACGGCGGAUACUGCCAUCACAACACCAUUGCGUUCCCUACCUGGCAUAGGCCCUACAUGCUGCUCUAUGAGCAAAUCAUCUGGGAAAACAUGAAGAAGAUCAUCACAGAGGACUGGAAGCUCGUUGGAGAGCAAGAGAAAGAGUGGAUGGCCGCGGCCAACUCUUGGAGACUUCCAUACUGGGAUUGGGCUCAGAGACAGACCUACGAAGGCUACGAGAACUCGUUCAGUCUCCCGUAUGCUUGCAUCCUGGAUCACGUCCCAAUCUACCCUCCCAGUGGUGACACGGCACGUCCGAACCCUUUGGUAAGCUUCGUCAACCCUGAGAAGGAUGCCAAGGGGAAUUCUCUUCCAUUUGGAGAGAUGCCUCCAGGUAAGGAGAAGUGGAACAUCAACGAAAAUGCCACCGAGCCAGAUAGUCCCCCGUUGCCUUGGAACAAAUGCAGUGGCACAAGCCGCUACGGAGUUUUCAAUGACGACAAAGGAGGCUACAGAGGCCUUGCUGGUGUCAACAACUACAACACGGCAAACCUCACCAUCAACGCCAUGUCGGACACGACGAACUGGUACAAUCCCUACAGGAGUGAUGACCCCGACAAGGUAGCCAAGUUCAAGUCCAAGCCUCCUGGAACUCUUGCCGAUUCCAUCAACCGCUUAUUCUCGGACGAGUACAAUGACACUUGGGGGAGCUUUUCUAGCACCAAGUGGUGGGCAGAGAGUGCUCGGACGUUCACGACUGGGUAUCUAUCUCUGGAGUACAUCCACAACAAUGUCCAUAAUGUGACUGGCGGCGGUGAUCUCAAGGAGUACGGUCUUGGCCACAUGUCGGACGUGCCAGUUGCCGCGUUUGACCCCAUCUUCUGGCUCCAUCAUUGCAACAUCGACCGACUGUUGUCCAUGUGGCAAGCUUUGAACUGGAACAAGUGGUGGGACACUGAGGAACCACCAGCUCCAGACAUGAAAGACAGGAUGGGGAGGCCGAUGAAGAAUCUCCCGGAUCCUACGCCCUGUGAUCCUCUUCUUCCCUUCCACAAUGUCAAGACCGACAAGCCUGAUGAACAGCCCGACAAAGGGUUCUGGACGUCUGAGGGAGUUCGUGACUGGACAAAGCUCGGCUAUACAUACGACAUCCUGACUCCGGCCCCAAUCGCCCUCGACGAGAACGGGGCCCUCAACGAGGAGGUCUACACGGCUGAGUUGCUAGCCAAGAUCAACAGCACUUACACCAGCACCGGCGAGUACUACAGAAAGCUUUACGAAGAUGAGAAGAUUCCGAAUGAAGAGUUUUUCGGGCCUCACAAUACCAAGGUCCACCAAUGGAACGACUAUAUCAUCAACGUCAUCUACGACCGCUACGCUCUCAACGGCUCUUCGUACAUCAUUGAGUUCUGGCUCGGUGGUCGGCAUGGAGAUCGAGAGAUAUUUACUGCCUUGCUGGCAUGUCUCCCUCGUCUGACAUCAAGCCCGGAGGUUGUGCCAACUGCGGUUCUCAGAGGGACAACAAGAGUGCUCUCGAGGGGUCAGGUGGCUCUCACGAUCCCACUUAUCACUCAGGCUCUGAACAAGGAUUUCCAGCAUCUCGAUACUGUGAGAGGACAUGAUGUUGUUAAGUAUCUCGAGAACCACUUGCAUUGGCGAUUUGUCCCGAUCGGCGGUGGACCUGAGAGACCGGCCAGCGACUUCCCCGACACUGUCAUCUCAGUCCUCAGGGGAACGGGCAAGUAUGUUGGAAAGUCAACGAGCAAGAAGGAUCUGCCGCCCAAGUACGCCAAUUAUACGCUGCAGUACGCCCCCACGGAAAAGAAGCCUGCUGGAUUGGCCAGCGACGACGCGGUGCUGGGUAAGGACCACGAGAAGGAGCUCGACUUUAGAACGUUUUAG